AACAAAUCCCUCGAGUCAAAUCAUAAUUUCCAAUACUCACACCUACAAAAUUCUAGUUUCUCCCAAUGUGGCAUAAAUGCAAAAAGUAAGGCAAGCGUGAAAAAUCAGCAAAAAUCGAAAUUAGGCUCAUCAAGCAAGAAAGAGAAAGGGUAAUGGCGAAUGGUGAUUCUGAUUCGAAUUCCAAGAUUUUAGCCAGAUGGGUCAUGGGUGGUGUAGUUGGUGCAGCUGCUAUAGGUUUGUAUGUGUUGUAUCCUCAAGAACUUGGCUUUUUCAGGAGGAAAAAGAAGGGACCUAUAAGGGUUUACAUGGAUGGGUGUUUUGAUAUGAUGCACUAUGGCCAUUGUAAUGCUUUGCGUCAAGCACGAGCUCUUGGUGAUCAAUUGGUUGUUGGGGUUGUUAGUGAUGCUGAAAUAACUGUUAAUAAAGGCCCCCCUGUUACUCCUCUUAAUGAAAGGAUGAUUAUGGUUAGUGCUGUGAAGUGGGUAGACGAGGUUAUACCUGAUGCACCUUAUGCUAUAACUGAAGAGUUUAUGAGAAAGUUGUUUGAUGAGUAUAAUAUUGAUUAUAUCAUCCACGGGGAUGACCCUUGCAUUCUUCCUGAUGGAUCUGAUGCUUAUGCUCUUGCUAAGAAGGCUGGUCGCUAUAAGCAGAUCAAGCGUACAGAAGGAGUCUCAAGCACUGACAUUGUUGGUCGAAUGCUUCUUUGUAUGAGAGAGAGAUCUAGCAGCGACAGCAACAGUCAUUCUUCGUUACAAAGACAGUUCAGCCAUGGUCAUAGCCAAAAGUCUGAUGAUGGUGCAUCUGGUAAUGGAACACGCAUUUCUCAUUUUCUACCCACAUCUCGCAGAAUUGUGCAGUUCUCCAACGGGAAGGGGCCAGGACCUGAUGCUCGCAUAGUUUAUAUAGAUGGCGCGUUUGAUCUUUUUCAUGCUGGGCAUGUGGAGAUUUUGAGGCUUGCUCGGGGCCUAGGAGAUUUUUUACUGGUUGGAAUUCACACUGAUCAAACUGUUAGUGCUAACAGAGGAGCUCACCGACCAAUCAUGAACCUCCAUGAAAGGAGCCUAAGUGUUUUGGCCUGCCGUUAUGUUGAUGAAGUGAUAAUAGGUGCUCCUUGGGAGGUGUCAAAAGAUAUGAUAACUACCUUCAAUAUCUCUAUAGUAGUUCAUGGAACAGUGGCAGAAGAUACUGAUUAUCAGAAGGAGGAGCGCCUUCCAUAUGAUGUUCCAGCUAGUAUGGGAAUUGUGAAGCUGUUGGAUAGUCCUCUGGAUAUUACAACUAGCACAAUAAUCAAACGGAUUGUGUCAAAUCAUGAAGCUUAUCAGAAACGCAAUGAAAGGAAGGCUGAAAGUGAAAGAAGGUAUUAUGAGGAUAAGAGCUAUGUGUCGGGAGAUUAAUAUAUCAUGAGUGAAAACAUUUGACGCUGCCAUACUCGGAUUAGUUGUGAGCACCAAGAGAUAGAUGUUCAAGAUACUUACAGUAGAGAUUUUUGCAUAGAGAUAAUUUGCUUCAAAUGUUGUUUGUUUGUUUACCUAGAUCCCUUUUGAGAUGGGGUUAGAGAAAUAUUGAAAGUUGCUUUAUUUAGGUUUAUUAUAUCAGGGCCACAACAUUGACUUGUUAGCAGAUACACUAUAAUAUAUAUGCCUAUCAAUAGGUUUGACAAUUCAACUUAAUAAGUAUUAUAACUAGCCUCAGACUUGUCUAUCA